GUCAUAAAUUUCGAUUCACCACGUGGCGGUAUAUCGUUAGUAACCGAGAAAGGUGUACUCACUACCAGUCGACUAUUGGUGCAGAAGGCCAUACAACAGGACUCAGGACUUUACACAUGCACGCCAUCGAAUGCAAAUCCUACAUCAGUGCGGGUACACAUCGUUGAUGGUGAACACCCCGCUGCAAUGCAUCAUGGAGACGCCACACCACAAGUCCAACCACCGCCCGCUACUUUCCUACUCUUUUUGGUAUUCCUAGCGGUAUUACUGUUGCAAGAGCACCCACAGGCAUCACAUAAACGCAAACAACAACAAAACUUUCAGCUGCGACAACGCACUCGAUGGAAGUGGUGGCACAAUAGCCAACUAUCGAAUGUAAAAUGCAUGGACUGCCAACAUAACGAGCCACUAACUACAAAACAAACGACAGAGGUGGUACAGUGUCACCUGCCAGACGGAGAGGAGCAAACAAGGCGUUGCAUACAACAAAAGCUAUUAGUACAACUGUGGGACACGCGAAGAUGUUGGGAAAGCAAGGAGCUAACAGCAGCAACAUAG